UGAGCGGCCUGACAACUCCUCAUGGCGGCGGCUGGUGGGGCGCGGCACGGUGGUGACUGAGCUGCGAGCCUGGCGGGCGUGCGCCGAGCCCCGGCCUGGCCUCCGCGUGCCCCCCGGGCUCUGCACCCCUGAUGCUGCGCGGGUGCUGAGCCCGCCCCUGCCGGGACGAUGGUGAAGCAUUUCCUGGGCCAGAGCGUGCUCCGGAGUUCCUGGGACCAAGUGUUCGCUGCCUUCUGGCAGCGGUACCCGAAUCCCUAUAGCAAACAUGUCUUAACGGAAGACAUAGUGCACCGGGAGGUGACCCCUGACCAGAAGCUCCUGUCCCGGAGACUCCUGACCAAGACCAACAGGAUGCCCCGCUGGGCCGAGCGACUGUUUCCUGCCAAUGUUGCUCACUCGGUGUACAUCCUGGAAGACUCUAUUGUGGACCCACAGAACCAGACCAUGACCACCUUCACCUGGAACAUCAACCACAGCCGGCUGAUGGUGGUGGAGGAACGAUGUGUUUACUGUGUGAACUCUGAUAACAGCGGCUGGACCGAAAUCCACCGGGAAGCCUGGGUCUCCUCUAGUUUAUUUGGCGUCUCCAGAGCCGUCCAGGAAUUUGGUCUCGCACGGUUCAAAAGCAAUGUGACCAAGACGAUGAAGGGUUUCGAAUACAUCUUGGCCAAGAUGCAAGGUGAGGCCCCUUCCAAAACCCUUGUUGAGACAGCCAAGGAAGCAAAGGAAAAGGCAAAGGAGACGGCACUGGCAGCUACAGAGAAGGCCAAAGACCUUGCCAGCAAGGCAGCCACCAAGAAGCAGCAGCAGCAGCGGCAGUUCGUGUAGCCAGCCGACGUGCUGGGGUGGCCGCACACCAGACCCCCCAGCUCCCAUCCCUGCCCUCACCCUGUACUUUAUUAUUAAACGUCAACUUCCAGCGCAAUCUGCUCUCUGGGUGGUGGGUGGUGGGUUGGGGGUGGUGUCUUGUUUGGCAUCUACAUGCACAGGACACGUUACCCACGUCUGGGCCAGGCCUGCUGCUUCCUGCAUCGGGCAGCUGAGGACCGAGGUGCAGAGAGAUGCUGUGACUUACCUAGGGUCACAGACAAGGUGUAGGCAAAGUGGUCAUAAACGUAGACUGUAAGCUCCAUGAGGGCAGGCACCUUUGUUUUGUUCUCUGAUAUGUCCCAAGUAUCUGGAACCGUACCUAGCACUUAAUAGGCACUCAAUAAAUACUUAUUGAAUUCAAUCAGCCCCAA